CAAGAUACGGCCUUUUAAAGUUCCGCUUUUCAAACGUUUAUAGGCUGAAAAAUGGUCAACUUUGACAUUUUUUCCUGGAAAAACCAAAAAUUUCCAAAAAAAAUUUCCAACAUUUUUAGAAUAUUUGGAACCUUUUGAAUCGUUUGGUACCGCUGAAACAGUCGUACCUCUUAUAGUUUCCAAGAUACGGCCUUUCAAAGUUCCGCUUUUCAUACUUUUAUAGGCCAAAAAAAGGACAACUCUGACAUUUUUUCCUGGAAAAACCAAAAAUUUCCAAAAAAAUUUUCCAACAUUUUUAGAAUAUUUGGAACCUUCUGAAUCGUUUGGUACCGCUGAAACAGUCGUACCUCUUAUAGUUUCCAAGAUACGGCCUUUCAAAGUUCCGCUUUUCAUACUUUUAUAGGCCAAAAAAAGGACAACUCUGACAUUUUUUCCUGGAAAACCCAAAAAUUUCCAAAAAAAUUUUCCAACAUUUUUAGAAUAUUUGGAACCUUCUGAAUCGUUUGGUACCACUGAAACAGUCGUACCUCUUAUAGUUUCCACACUAUGGCCCUUUAAAGUUUCGCUUUUCAAACGAUUAUAGGCCAAAAAAUGGUCAACUUUGACAUUUUUUCCUAAAAGAACCAAAAAUUUCCAAACAAAAUUUCCAACAUUUUUAGAAUAUUUGGAACCUUCUGAAUCAUUUGGUACCACUGGAACAGUCGUAUCUCUUAUAGUUUCCAAGAUACGGCCUUUCAAGGUUCCGCUUUUCAUACUUUUAUAGUCCGAAAAUGGUCAACUUUGACAUUUUUUCCUGGAAAAACCAAUAAUUCCCAAAAACAUUUUCCAACAUUUUUAGAAUAUUUGGAACCUUCUGAAUCGUUUGGUACCACUGAAACACUCGUACCUCUUAUAGUUUCCACACUAUGGCCCUUUAAAGUUUCGCUUUUCAAACGAUUAUAGGCCAAAAAAUGGUCAACUUUGACAUUUUUUCCUAAGAGAACCAAAAAUUUCCAAAAAAAAUUUCCAACAUUUUUAGAAUAUUUGGAACCUUCUGAAUCGUUUGGUACCACUGAAACAGUCGUACCUCUUACAGUUUCCAAGAUACGGCCUUUUAAAGUUCCGCUUUUCAAACGUUUAUAGUCCGAAAAUGGUCAAUUUUGACAUUUUUUCCUGGAAAAACCGAUAAUUUCCAAAAAAAUUCUCCAACAUUUUUAGAAUAUUUGGGACCUUCUGAAUCGUUUGGUACCACUGAAACAGUCGUACCUCUUAUAGUUUUCAAAAUACGGCCUUUCAAAGUUCCGCUUUUCAUACUUUUAUAGCCCAAAAAAUAGUCAACUUUGACAUUUUUUCCUGGAAAAACCAAUAAUUACCAAAAAAAAAUUCCAACAUUUUUAGAAUAUUUGGAACCUUCUGAAUCGUUUGGUACCACUGGAACAGUCGUACCUCUUGUAGUUUCCAAGAUACGGCCCUUCAAAGUUCCGCUUUUCAAAUAGUUAUAAGCCAAAAAAUGGACAAUUUUGAAAUUUUUUCCUGGAAAAACCAAUAAUUUCCAAAAAAAAUUUCCAACAUUUUUAGAAUAUUUGGAACCUUCUGAAUCGUUUGGUACCACUGAAACAGUCGUACCUCUUAUAGUUUCCAAGAUACGGCCUUUCAAAGUUCCGCUUUUCAUACUUUUAUAGGCCAAAAAAUGGUCAACUUUGACAUUUUUUCCUAAAAGAACCAAAAAUUUCCAAACAAAAUUUCCAACAUUUUUAGAAUAUUUGGAACCUUCUGAAUCAUUUGGUACCACUGGAACAGUCGUAUCUCUUAUAGUUUCCAAGAUACGGCCUUUCAAGGUUCCGCUUUUCAUACUUUUAUAGUCCGAAAAUGGUCAACUUUGACAUUUUUUCCUGGAAAAACCAAUAAUUCCCAAAAACAUUUUCCAACAUUUUUAGAAUAUUUGGAACCUUCUGAAUCGUUUGGUACCACUGAAACACUCGUACCUCUUAUAGUUUCCACACUAUGGCCCUUUAAAGUUUCGCUUUUCAAACGAUUAUAGGCCAAAAAAUGGUCAACUUUGACAUUUUUUCCUAAGAGAACCAAAAAUUUCCAAAAAAAAUUUCCAACAUUUUUAGAAUAUUUGGAACCUUCUGAAUCGUUUGGUACCACUGAAACAGUCGUACCUCUUAUAGUUUCCAAGAUACGGCCUCUCAAAUUUCCGCUUCUUAAACGUUUAUAGGCCAAAAAAUGGUCAACUUUGACAUUUUUUUCUGGAAAAACCAAAAAAUUCCCAAAAAAAUUUUCAACAUUUUUAGAUUAUUUGGAACCUUCUGAGUCGUUUGGUACCAUUGAAACUAUCGUACUUCUUAUAGUUUCCACACUAUGGCCCUUUAAAUUUCCGCUUUUCAAUCGUUUAUAGGCCAAAAAAUGGUCAGUUUUGACAUUUUUUCCUGCAAAAACCAAUAAUUUCCAAAAACAUUUUCCAACAUUUUUAGAAUAUUUUGAACCUUCUGAAUCCUUUGGUACCACUGAAACAGCCCUACCUCUUAUAGUUUCCAAGAUACAACCUUUCAAAGUUCUGCUUUUCAUACUUUUAUAGGCCAAAAAAUGAUCAACUUUGACAUUUUUUCCUGGAAAAACCAAAAAUUUCCAAAAAAAUUUUCCAAUAUUUUUAGAAUAUUUGGAACCUUCUGAAUCGUUUGGUACCACUGAAACAGUCAUACCUCCGAUAGUUUCCAAGCUACGAGCUUUCAAAGUUUCUUAUCCCAGGCAUUUGAAGUCAUUUUUCUAUGUCUUCCAGGACUCGAUCACACGGAAUUUUAACGGGGCAUUUCAAGCAGUUUUCAAGCUGAUGGUAUAGAUUUCCGUUUUAUUCCAGACAUUUCGAGGGUGUUCCAGACAUAUUUUCAAAUAAGGGAGCGUUCCUGCGGAACGUCCCGCGUGCAAACCGGACUUUGCCCCUAUCGAUUUACUUUUAGUGAUUACAUCUUAAUGAAAAAUGCAUCAACAUGCGAGGCAAUCUGUGCCUAAAUCGGUCCAAUAUAAGGAAUAAAGAAUGAGCUUAAAAUUGCCUUAUUUUGUUAUUGCCCCGAUUACUUGUACUAUGGACGUCCUACGGGAAACCCCUUUUAACAGCAGCUACGAUAUACCCUGGUUAUACAAUAUAACCGUAGAGGACGCCAACUGGGUCAUCACCAGCUCCUUCAUGAUAUUCACGAUGCAAACGGGUUUCGGCAUGUUAGAAUCCGGAUGCGUAUCCAUAAAAAACGAAGUGAACAUCAUGAUGAAAAACGUCGUGGACAUCGUGCUGGGGGGUAUAACGUACUGGAUGUUCGGAUUCGCCACGUCCUUCGGCCGGAGCGCUUAUAACAACGGAUUUAUCGCUUUGGGGGACUUUUUUAUCGAUCCCGGGGUGCAGGAUCCGCUAAAGGGGGAAAUUUUCACGGCGUUCAUCUUUCAAUUGUCUUUUGCUACCACCGCCACUACCAUAGUCAGCGGGGCGAUGGCGGAAAGGUGCAAUUUCAAGGCCUAUUGUUUGUUUAGCUUUCUCAACACGAUGAUCUACUGCAUCCCCGCGGGGUGGCUCUGGGGCGAGCACGGAUUCCUCAAAAAACUGGGCGCGGUCGACAUCGCCGGUUCCGGCGCGGUCCAUUUAUUGGGCGGCAGCGCGGCCCUGGCCAGCGCCAUGAUGCUCGGCCCCCGAUUGGGCAGAUACGACAACGGACAGGGACCUUUGCCCCUAGGUAAUCCCCUGCCCCCCACCCCCCUUUUUCUCUUAUUAUUAAAACGUUCCAGGAAAUCCAGUAAACGCGGUGAUGGGUUUAUUUGUUUUAUGGUGGGGCUGGUUGGCCUUCAACUCGGGCAGCACCUACGGCUUGAGUGGCGGGAAAUGGCGGUACGCCGCCCAGGCGGCCGUUGCCACCAUGAUGUCCUCGUUUGGGGGCGGUACCGUCGGCAUUUUGUACUCGAUCGUACGUCUGGACGGCCGGAUAGACGCCCUGGAUAUUAUCAAUGGGAUUUUGGGGUCCCUGGUGGCCGUGACGGCGGGGUGCUUUUUGUAUCAAGGUGGUACCUGUUUAGGGGCCUCUAUCGUCUCUUUUGUUCAAUUCAUAUUUUUUCCCCGACAGGUUGGGAGGCUCUGGUUAUUGGUGCAAUAGGUUCGUUGCUCUCUUGUGGGGCCAUGCUUCUUAUCGACAAAGUUAAAAUUGAUGACCCCGUUGGGGCCACCGCUGUUCAUGGGGUCGGUGGUAUUUGGGGCAUUUUAGCGGUAGGUAUCUUUGCCCAGGACCCUUAUCCCCUUCGGACCACCAAUGGUCGAAAGGGAUUAAUAAAAGGGGGAGGGUGGUACCUUUUAGGGGUCCAAUCUUUGACCGCCCUCUGUAUUAUGUCAUGGGGGGUCACUACCACUGUACUCCUCUUAUGGUUUGUCAACAAAAUCAUCCCCAUUCGUAUGAACGUCCAUCAAGAACUUCUGGGGGCUGAUAUUACCGAACAUCUUGUACGACACUCAAAGAAAGAGGUGUCCAGGGCCCUCUCGGCGUUCAGGGCAGUACUGGACAUAACAGAAGCCGAACGGCUCAAUAUUGUGGGCACCAACCCUGGACACGACAAGCAUCUUUCACUUAUAAAAAGUUUAUCGAAGAGGAGCAACCACCGGUUGUCUAAGAUCUUAAGGAUUGUCGCCAUCAAUGACAACCUGGGUAAUAGAAUGAAAGGAAGUCUGCUCUCCAUGAUUAGAAUCAAGAAAAAGAAGGUCCAGUUGCCAAGAAUUCAGAAGGUACUUGAACCAAAUGUCCCUAAGCUCGCUUGGGUCGAUUGAUGGAAACACUUAUAUAUUAGUCAAAUAAAUUAGGAUUUUCUGAGCAUCAAUACUGUGUUUUCUUGUACAAGAGUCUGGCGAAACCCUAUAUAGUAGGCACUUACCUCUUGGGGAAUAAAAUGGUGCAAAAUAUCAACCAGGGAAACCCCAUUGCCGAUGCUAGUGCCCGCUAUUGGGG